CCUCCCCUCCCCCGGCCUCUCGGACUCCGGCUUCGGCGCCAGCCUAGAUCGGGCCUCGGCGGCGGCGACACCAUCGUCUCAGUCCCGACGCCCUUCGGCUAUCCUCGGCCCCGUCCCGCAGCAUCGCCCGUCCGAUCCCCGCCCGCCCGAUCCCGGCCCGCCCCCUAUGGGCCCCGGCUAGAGGCACCGCCGCCGCCGGCCCGCGGAGCCCCGAUGCUGGCCCGGAGGAAGCCGGUGCUGCCGGCGCUCACCAUCAACCCUGCCAUCGCCGAGGGCCCGUCCCCCACCAGCGAGGGCGCCUCCGAGGCAAACCUGGUGGACCUGCAGAAGAAGCUAGAGGAGCUGGAACUUGAUGAGCAGCAGAAGAAGCGGCUGGAAGCCUUCCUCACCCAGAAAGCCAAGGUCGGCGAACUCAAAGACGAUGACUUUGAAAGGAUCUCGGAGCUGGGCGCAGGCAACGGCGGGGUGGUCACCAAAGUUCAGCACAGACCCUCGGGCCUUAUCAUGGCCAGGAAGCUGAUCCACCUGGAGAUCAAGCCGGCCAUCCGGAACCAGAUCAUCCGCGAGCUGCAGGUCCUGCAUGAGUGCAACUCUCCCUACAUCGUGGGCUUCUACGGGGCUUUCUACAGCGACGGGGAGAUCAGCAUCUGCAUGGAGCACAUGGAUGGCGGCUCCCUGGACCAGGUGCUGAAAGAGGCCAAGAGGAUUCCCGAGGAGAUCCUGGGGAAAGUCAGCAUUGCGGUCCUCCGGGGCUUGGCCUACCUCCGAGAGAAGCACCAGAUCAUGCACCGAGAUGUGAAGCCCUCCAACAUCCUGGUGAACUCCAGAGGGGAGAUCAAGCUGUGUGACUUUGGGGUGAGCGGGCAGCUCAUCGACUCCAUGGCCAACUCCUUCGUGGGCACGCGUUCCUACAUGGCUCCGGAGCGGCUGCAGGGCACGCACUACUCCGUGCAGUCGGACAUCUGGAGCAUGGGCCUGUCCCUGGUGGAGCUGGCCAUCGGAAGGUACCCCAUCCCCCCGCCUGACGCCAAGGAGCUGGAGGCCAUCUUUGGUCGGCCCGUGGUCGACGGGGCAGAAGGAGAGCCUCACAGCAUCUCGCCUCGGCCGAGACCCCCCGGGCGCCCCAUCAGCGGUCACGGGAUGGACAGCCGACCUGCCAUGGCCAUCUUUGAACUGCUGGACUAUAUUGUGAAUGAGCCACCUCCCAAGCUGCCCAAUGGUGUGUUCACCCCGGACUUCCAGGAGUUUGUCAAUAGAUGCCUCAUCAAGAACCCAGCGGAGCGGGCGGACCUGAAGAUGCUCACGAACCACACCUUCAUCAAGCGGUCCGAGGUGGAAGAAGUGGAUUUUGCCGGCUGGUUGUGUAAAACCCUGCGGCUGAACCAGCCCAGCACACCCACGCGCACCGCCGUGUGACCGUGGCCGGGCUCCCGCCUCCCGCUGGUGACCUGCCCACCGUCCCUGUCCACGCCCCGCCCUUCCAGCUGAGGACAGGCUGGCGCCUCCACCCACCCUCCUGCCUCACCCCUGUGGCGAGCACCGUGGCGGGCAACUGCGCAUGCAGGAACGGGGUCUCCUGUCCUGCCCGUCCCGCCCGGGGUGGCUCCGGCUCCGGGGACGGGCGACGCUGCUGUGUGUGGUCUCAGAGCCUGCUUCCUUAGGUUAAAAAAACAAAACAAAACAGGGAGAGAAAACGCAAA